AUGUUACUAUCUCUCGCAUUUCUUGCUUUGGGUCAUCUCGGGGCUGUCGUUGCCCAAACAACAGUAAGUGUAAGUGCUACCGCUAGCCAUGCGAUACCAACGACGCUAUGGGGACAAAUGUUCGAGGACAUCAGCAGUGGAGAUGGCGGAUUAUACGCGGAACUUCUUCAAAAUCGAGCUUUCCAACAAGUCCAGCCUGGAUCUUCGGGAGCUCUCAAUGCGUGGAGCGCUGUAAAUGGUGCACAGAUAUCCGUUGUUGCAGAUACCACCCCGCUCUCUAGCGCCAUUCCAAAUUCCCUCAACGUAGUCGUACCGACCGGAAGAACUGGAGCUGUUGGUGUCAGUAAUUCUGGUUAUUUCGGUAUCAAAGUCACCGCGGGUACCAGAUACGCUGCUUCCUUCAACUACCGUUUCACGACUGCAUUUUCUGGCAGCCUCACCGCCACGGUCAGCUUGCAAAGCAGCAGCGGUCAAGUCCUCGCCAGCUCUACCGUCGCUCUCUCUGGUAGCCAGACUAGGUUUGCGCGCCAGAGUGUGGUGUUGACUCCAAGCAGGUCGGCUAGUGAUACAAAUAACAAAUUUGUUGUUACGGUUGAUGGUGCGGCUGCGAGUGGUCGGACCAUACGUUUCGCGUUGUUUUCGCUCUUCCCUCCGACGUUUAAAAAUCGACCGAAUGGCUUGAGGGAGGAUGUUGCUGAAGCUCUUCAAGAGAUGGGUCCCAAAUUCUUUCGAUUCCCUGGAGGAAACAACGUUGUGUGUCCGAACAUCAUUACCUCUAGACAAUUUACGCUCAUUUUUUUCUUUACAGGAGGUAUUUUAUUAGUACUACUCACGAUACAGACAGCUAAUCCGGAAAUGUGUCGAUCACAAAAGGGACAAACCGUCGCUCAGAGAUGGCAAUGGAACAAUACAGUCGGACCUCUCGAAAAUCGUCCAGGCCGGGUGGGCGAUUGGGGCUAUAUCAACACAGAUGGCCUGGGAUUGUUCGAAUAUCUCCAAUGGUGCGAAGAUGUGGGUAUGGAGGCCAUCAUGGCUAUCUGGUCUGGAUUUGCUUUGGGAGGAACGAGUGUCGCACCUAACCAGUUGGGGCCGUUUAUUCAGCAAGCAGCUGAUCAGAUCAACUUCGUCAUUGGAGAUCCUACUAGGAGUGCACCAGCGGCACUGCGAUCGAGCCUUGGCCAUCCGGCACCUUUCAAAUUGAACCACGUCGAAGUUGGGAACGAGGAUUUUUUUGCUGCGUCUACCUACCAAGGCCGGUGGAGCGCUAUCGUUCAAGCUCUUCAAACUCAAUUCCCGAAUAUCACUUGGUUCUUCCAAAAUGCAUUUUUCUAUGACAGCUUUGUGGUGUGUUUGGAGAACUCUAUCAUUGCGAGAACCGCUCUAAAUCGUUUACCUUCUGCGAUAGCGCGACGGUACACAUUACUUCGAGGCACGUAUGCGUUCGCUUGUCAUAAACUAUUAGGCGCUCUGCUAAAAUUGAUUUUUUUACAGGGAGAAUAUGCUGCCAUUUCAACUAAUGCAGGGGAUAUCUUCGGAACUCCUGCAGAUGGGCGACUCGUUUUCCCCACGAUGGCUAGCUCCUCUGGAGAAGCUUGUUUUAUGACGGGGUUGGAAAGGAACAGUGAUAUUGUGUUUGCGGCUUCUUAUGCGCCUUUGUUGAACCAUGUCGCGAAUUCGCAGUGGACUCCGAAUCUCGUCAGCUUCGACUCGGCGAACGUCUAUCGAUCGACAAGUUUCUACGUUCAAAAGCUCUUCGCUCAAAACCGAGGAGAUUCCUACCUCCCGAGUACUCUUCCAUCUCGGAAUGGUUCACUUCACUGGAGCGUCGCACGUAGUGGAACCAACGGAAUCAUUAUCAAGGCAAGAUCAUUCCCCGUGUUACGGAGUCUUACUUCAAAACUAACUUGUACCCCUCACUUGCAAAAAAUUCAGGUAGCAAACGCCGGCUCAUCUACCCAAACUCUCACCUUCUCCCUCCCGUUCAACACUGUCUCGAGCACGGGAACGCUCCAGCUUUUAACGGGUGCAUCUACAGCGAGUAACACCCCCGAUACGCCUAGCGCUGUUACUCCUAGGAAUUCGACGAUUACGACGGGGAAGACGUUUAGUUAUCAGGCUCAGGCGUUUAGUGUUGGGGUCAUUACGUUGACUGGGCAAUGA